GCCGCGACACUACAGACAGCAGGUAUAAAGGAAAACGCCUCUCCGCCUCCGUGGCCCGUCCUUUGCAACCACAUAGCCACUUUGACAGCAUCAGCAUCAGCAGCAGCAGCGCCCUGGAUACAGAGCAUACACGUAGUGCAUACCACCCGGCAGCGCAGUCAGCCCCGAGCUCGUGCAGCGCAAACCUCCAUCUGGCCGCACACACCAGCCUCUGCAACACCACCACCAGCAGCCGCAGCCCCAGCAGGCGACCAACAUGGCGCCAUCCCACGCACCUUCAUCUUCCGCCGCCGGCGUGCACACAGCAAAGACGGGCACAGCCCUCUCCUCCCACCCCUCGUCUCCGUCACCCACCGCCGCGCCGCCGCCGCUGCUCAGCGCCGCAGCAGAGGCGCAGCGCGCCGCGUUCCGCACGCGUACCAGCCAAGGCAGGGUGCACUUCACCAUCGACCCGUCUGCCAUCGCGCCAUCGCUCGCGCCGCGGCCCCGAGCGCGCGUGCAAGCUCAUGCAGACUCGACACGCGCGAGCACAAGCGCAAGAGCCGUAGCAGAAGCACACCCACAUGGACAAGCACAGCCGAUUGCGGCACUGUCCCUCUCACUGACGCACCGCCACGCCGCAGGCGCUGCAUCCAACGUGGCACCGCCCUGCGCACGCGCCCUGCACACGCAGAGCACCCGCGGCCGCUCCCGCCUCUGCAAGGCCCUUCCACACCUCUCCCCGGGGCCGGCGCCCGGCGUCGGCGCGCCGUCAACGUCGCCGCUUCGGGCACGCCAGCUGCUCGAGGAACGUGCUGAACCGGCAUCUGCGCACGCGUGGGCAUGGGCAUCUGCGCCCACGCCGAUUCCACCCUUUCACGCUGCGUCCGCCGCAGCAGCAGCAGCAGAGACAGUAACAGGAACACGGCACGAAGACGGCGUCAUCGCGAUCGUCACUGGCCGCACACUGUGCCGCGCAACGCACCCUUCGCUCCAGGUCGAUGCGUGGAGCCGCGCCGUCGCUGCGGCAGUGGAGGGUGUCGACGGUCCAAUAGCAGCAACCAGAGACGCAGCAUCAGAGGAAAAGGGAGCGGAGGAGGAGGAGGAAGAUGAGGAUGAGCCGGCGCCGCUUCCGCUGCCCAUCAUGUCGCGUCUGCCAGAAGGCGCGCUGCGCGAGAGCAAAGCCGGCGACGACGAUGCGGACGAUCUGUACGUCGACGAUGACGCCAGCAGCGCCGCCGCAUCAUCUGCCGUCCUACCCGCGCCGCCGUCAGCGCAUGCCAACGACGAAGCGACGGCCAGCACGCGCUUCUCAUUUGGCAGCAUUGCCCCGCGCCCGAAGGGCUACCUGCGCGCCGAGCUGUCCCAGGCGCAGGCGCAGCAGCGUUAUAAUGUGUUGUACACGCGCGCUAGGUUGCCAGUCAUCGACGCUGCUUCCAUUGAGCUGUGGCGCGCACUGCAUGCCUUCAAGCCCAUCACCAAGGAAUACAACCGCGGCUACCUCCAGCUGCGUCGCGGAGUCGCACAGCAGCAACAACAGCAGCAGCAACAGGCCACUUGUGCCAUCGAGACGGAUGUGUGGCCGACGCAAGUGCAAGCGCCACACCCGGUCACUCCAGACGCCCGCAGCGACGAGUGCCCGGCGCUGUUCGCGGCGGCGCGCUCGUUCGGCAGCACAUCGACACUGCACCACCUGCGCCGCUCGUUCAACUGGUCCGCGCUGCCGGCGCUCUCGCCGUCCAGCGCGCGCGAAUGGUACGGUGUCGCGUUCCGCUCAGCGCGGCGGCCCGGCUCGGCGAGCGACACGCUUUACGCCGCCGACCGCUGGGCGCACGAGGAGGCUGUUGCCAGCGGCGGCCUUCUGUUUUACUGGUACGCCACGCCCGACGCGCGCACCGGCGAGAACCUUGCGACGUGCAUCUGGACUAGCCGCGCGGAUGCCGUGCGCGCCAGCAGACUCCGCAUGCAUGCCAUCGCAGCCCGCGAGGCACAGCAGGCGUUCAGCGACUACGACCUGUACCGGUACAGGGUCGUGAAGCGCGCUGGCCAGUCUUCCAUCUCCAUCGAGCCGUGGGAGUGAGAGGAGGUGGCCUUUGUCCCCCCAUAUACCACCCGUCAUCGAUUUUUCGCAACCUGCACUUUGUAUUUUUUUAGCAAGCAAUCAAGCAUCGUGUCACGUUGGGUUCC